GCCUCAACUUAGUAGUUCAAAGCAACCAAACUUUGACUUAUAUCCUCCAAGAAAAAUGGCCGUUUCUUCAAAACUUAACAUAACCAAAGUCCAAGUUAAAUCUAUUAGCUUGCCUAGUAGAUCACAUCCAACCACUCUUCGAAUCGAACAAGAGCUUAAUAAUGCUGCAACCGCAACCGUGGUUGCAACAUCCAAGCCAUCUGUUGAGAAUAUCUUCAAUGGCUUGUCUCAGCUUGUAGAAGUGUAUAAAUGCAUGGACGAUCUUUUAAAUUCGUCCGCUACACAAGUUUUGAUCUCUCGGGAGCAAAACACGAAAUGGGUCGAAGAGUUAAUUGAAGAAUCUAUUAGAUUCUUGGAUGUUUGUGGGAGUAUAAGGGAUAUGGUGACACAAAUUAAAGAACACAUUGUGGAUCUUCAUUGUGCACUAAGGAGAAGAAAAGAAGACUCGAGUUUUGAAACUAGUAUCGCGAAAUACAUUUCUUUUAGAAAGAAAAUGAAGAAAGAUGUUAGAUUUUUAGUUGCAAGUUUGAAGCAAGUUGAUCAUAUGAUCACUUGUGGUGGAUUGGUUGUGGUUGAUUCAGAUAACCACCAUCUUGCAGCUGUGAUCAAGGCGGUAAUAAGAGUUAGUGAAACAACGGUUUCUAUAUUCGAAUCUUUGUUGAUGUUCUUCUCAAUGCCAAGUACAAAGCCAAACAAAUGGUCAAUUGUGGUAUCAAAGUUGAUACACAAAGGGAUGGUGGCAUGUGAAGACCAUCAACAACAACAAGAAAUUGUGAAUGAAUUUGAACUCAUAGAUGGUGCAUUGCAAAUUCUAAGCAAAAAUCAAUCAUCAACAAAAGGGGACAAGAUGGAAGUUGCGAAAUGUAGAUUGGAAAGAUUGGAAAGUCGGGUUGAGGGUAUGGAAACCCGAGUAGAGUGCGUGUUUAGGCAAUUGAUUAGAACCAGAGCUUCUCUGCUCAACAUCAUUUCGCAGUAAAAAUUAGAAGUGUAUUUUGAUUUUUCUGCA